UUACAAUGAAAUCAAUUACCGUAAGAGCGCCGGUAAAUAUUGCGGUUAUUAAAUAUUGGGGCAAACGGGAUGAGGAUAUUAUAAUACCAUUGAACGACUCAAUUAGCGGUACCCUAUCUAUAGAUGAUAUGUGUGCCAAAACAUCGGUGGCCACAUCGGCCGAAUUUACCGAAGAUCAAAUGUGGUUGAAUGGCCAGAAAGUGGACAUUGCGGCCAACAAACGGCUGGUCAAUUGUCUUAAUCAGAUCCGCAAAAUAUCGACCGUCGACUGGAUUGGCCAACGAUUGCACAUUUGUUCGGUAAACAAUUUUCCGACGGCUGCCGGACUGGCCUCGUCGGCUGCCGGCUACGCUUGCCUUAUGUAUGCGUUGGCCAAACUCUACGGUAUUGAUUCGGCGGAACGCAUAUCAACGUUGGCCCGAAUCGGUUCGGGCAGUGCUUGUCGAUCGGUUUACGGCGGUUUUGUCCAGUGGAUUGCUGGCCACGAUAACGAAACAUCAGUGGCCCGACAGAUUGUCGACGAAAACUAUUGGCCCGAAAUGCGUGUACUGGUAUUGGUUGUUAGGGAUACGCAAAAAGAUACGAGCAGUACGUCGGGUAUGCAACUGACUGUCCAGACCAGUCGGCUAAUGCAACAACGUUUGAAGGAAAUGCCCGAUAAAAUCCAGGCCAUGACCCGUGCUAUCAAAGAUCGCGACUUUCAUCGGUUCGCCGAAAUAGCGAUACGCGAAAGUAAUCAAAUGCACGCCACUUGUGAGGACACAUAUCCGCCGCUGCAGUACAUGAACGAUACGUCGCGUGCGAUCCGACGUUUUUGUCACAAAUUUAACGACUAUUAUGGCCAGAAUCGACUCGGCUAUACCUACGAUGCCGGACCCAAUGCCUGUCUCUAUCUAUUGGCUCCGGAUGUUCCCAAUGUUAUACAAUUGUUACGCAAAUGGCAACCGGAUCUCAUUGUCAAAGGCCAGCCAAUUGAUGGCCAAACUAGUGCUGCUGCUGCUGCUGAUCAUCAGUUAGACGACGAUCUGAGCCGACACUUUGACAAAAUGCCGGCCGAUAUUGUUAAUGGUUCGCUACGCUAUGUUAUCAGUACACGUAUCGGUUCCGGUCCUCAAGUAUUAACCGAUGAUGACCAGUCAUUGUUGGACAUGUCGACGGGUUUACCGAAACAACAAAACCAAUAGUGUUGUUGUUGUUGUAUUGCCUAACAA